GAAGAGAGCCAAUCACAUGCAGGAGGAAAUAUUCCAAAGUCUUUUGAACGAUGAGCUCAGAGCGUAUGUCACAUCUAUGGCCUGGCAAUUCACCAAAUCCCUCUAGUUUUCAUGGAAAAAUUUCUCAAAAAGUCGAUUGAGGUCAUUGCAUACGUGGAGUAGGCAGUACUUGAAUCAAAAUAUCUGGUACCAUGAAUAGGAGAUAGAGGAGUUGAUUAGCAAUUAUUAUAAGCACCUAAGAUUUUACAGAAAACAGAUCACAGAAUUUGUCUCGUCUGUCUGUCACACUUUGUAUUCGAUCUUUGAGACAACGUACAAUGUGUUCUUCACAUGCAAAUGAAAACUGUCUUGGAUGGGCGGCAAGAGAUGAGUCUGGAGUUCUCUCACCUUACAAAUUCAGCCGUAGGGCUGUUGGAGAAGAUGAUGUUUCUAUAAAGAUCACGCACUGUGGAGUUUGUUAUGGCGACGUAGUUUGGACGAGGAACAAACAUGGAGACUCCAUGUUUCCUGUGGUGCCUGGACACGAGAUUGCUGGAAUUGUGAAGGAGAUUGGUUCCAAUGUCCGCGGUUUCAAAGUUGGGGAUCAUGUUGGGGUGGGAACUUAUGUUAACUCUUGCAGGGAUUGCCGUUUUUGUAAUGAUGCGCUAGAAGUUUAUUGUGAAAAGGGAAUUGUUUACACUUUUAACGGCAUCGAUACUGAUGGUACAAUUACCAAAGGUGGAUACUCAGACUACAUUGUUGUCCAUGAAAGAUACUGCUAUAAGAUUCCAGACACCUAUCCACUUGCUUCAGCAGCACCUCUGCUUUGUGCUGGAAUUACAGUUUAUUCUCCCAUGAUGAGGUACAAGAUGAAUCAACCUGGUAAAUCUCUAGGAGUGGUUGGCCUCGGUGGUCUGGUGGCUGUCAAGUUUGGCAAGGCUUUUGGGUUGAGCGUUACAGUUUUCAGCACAAGCAUAUCUAAGAGAGAGGAGGCCCUAAAUCUUCUUAAUGCGGACAAGUUUGUGAUUUCAUCUGAUCAACAGGAGAUGGCAGCUCUAGUUGGGACAUUAGACUUUAUAAUAGAUGCAGCAUCUGGGGAUCACCCAUUUGAUCCAUACAUGUCACUCUUAAAGACUGCUGGUGUUCUGGUCCUUGUGGGUUUCCCCACUGAAGUCAAAGUCAACCCUGCUAGCCUUCUGCUAGGAAUGAAAACCAUUACUGGUAGUGGAGUUGGAGGCACGAAAGAUACACAAGAAAUGAUCAACUUCUGUGCUGCUCACAAGAUUUAUCCCCAGAUAGAAGUAAUUCCGAUUCAGUAUGCAUAUGAAGCUCUUGAUAGGAUGAUCAAGAGUGAUGUCAAGUACCGGUUCGUGAUUGAUAUUGAAAACUCCCUGAAAUGAGACCUGCAUGUAGCAGAAAAAUGAGGGAUUUCUUUUAUGCAUGAAUCAAAUAGUGUUUCCAAUAAAUCUGGAAAGGUUGUAUCUGCUUUUCUCUAUUUGGGACGUAGUAACUAGCAUGAGAUUUCUGAUGGUUUUGCAGUGUUCUUAUGCUUGUAGUUUAUGGUGCUUUAUUUAUUGGCUUCUUGGAGAUUAAGACU